AUGGCCCGAAUUUCCUUGGCCCAAGGAGAGCAACGUGCAUGUACGUGCGACAAUCCUGACGCCUUUCGGUCGCUGAGCGAGGCGUCGGCAUCGGCUGACUACUGGAAGAGGUGCAGUGAUGAUGCCCUGGCCCACGGCUGUAAAGGCAUCGUAAUGAUGGGCGCACAUUGGGACGUCAAGGGUCCCGCCCGGAUCGAGGUGGCGACCAAGCCAAACCCGGGCAUGAACCCAGUGGCGUACAACUACCAGCUCAAUCCCGAUAUUGCAACCGCCAAGCGCGUUGUCACGCUCCCUCGAGGCCACAAUAUUGAUGCUCAGGAGAACCCGACCUUUGACUGGAUACACGAUUCAUUCCUAAUCCUCAUACGAAUGUUUCCUGAUGGCUGUCCUCCGACCACCCUGUUAUCAUUGAACGCUCACUAUGACCCGCACUUUCAUAUGCGAAUCGGUUCCAUUCUGCGGCCGUUACGCAAAGAGGGUUAUCUCCUCAUUGGUACUGGCGGUGCCGUACACAACCUGUACCGGAACGACUGGACACAGAUGAUACGAUACCGUGACAAUUUUGCUAUGCCUCGAAGCCCGGACUCGUGGGCGAUGGAGUUUCGUCAAUCAUUCGAAGAUGCAAUUACGAAGAACUCCAGGCCCCAUCUUCGCCGGGCAAUUACAAAACUCAUGAAGCAUCCUGGCUUUCGGGAUGCGCAUGGCACAGACGAGCAUUUUAUGCCCGCGACAUUUGUGGCAGGCGCAGCAGGUGAUGCAGAGGAUGAUGGCGUCUAUGGUAAGCUCAUGGCCGAGGGCUGGGAGCUUAGGAACAUGUGUCAUAGUCAGUUUACUAUUGGAUCGUGGAACAGAGUGUAG